AUGAAUCAAGCGGCCUCUCCGCCGGCCUCUGCGAAUGCUGCCGUGCCCCAGCCCAAGCCCAUCCGCUUCGUCACUAACCAUGACGGGCCCUAUGCCAAGCGCCGUCGCAUCAACUCGGCCUGCUUGACAUGUCGGAAGAAGAAGACGCGCUGUUCCGGUGAGCGCCCGGUUUGUGGGACUUGCACCCAAAACAAGCACGAGUGCGCUGGCUACGGCGACGACAAUGGCGCGGGCGAUGCGCAGAAGAAUAGCAAAAAGGUCCCCUCCCGACGAGCAAGCACAGUGUCCAACAACAGCACCUCGGCCCUGAAAAAUGAGGCUCCUAUUGAUCCCCAGCUCACGCGGCCGUCUAUUCCACACACGACCUCUCAAGCGUCUGACUCCAGCACCGUCAACCCAUCGCCCAAGCAGGAUAUCGCCACUGGCAGUUCCGGCCUAACUUUGAGCACGCGCAAUAGGAUGCCGUACUUUCGGUACUUUGGUCCCACCGCCAUUGUGCCUGGCCUGAGGCAGAUGGUCGUCAAGGUGCGCGGGAAACAACACGGAAGUGCGCAGACUACAUCCGAUCCGCACAUUAUUGAAUCCUCACCUGCUCAGCCUUCUGUGGGUUCGCCACCUGCACAAGAAGCUCGUACCCCAAUAGAGAUACCCGUAUACGAUGCGUCGUCUAUGUCUCCGAGUCCGCUUAUUACCCACCUCUGCAAGGUCUUCUUCGCCCACCUCGGCUGCUCAUUCCCCUUUCUGCAAAGAGAAAGGUUCAUGCGCGAUUUGGAGGAGAAGCAAGUGGAUGCCAUACUCGUAGACGCUGUCUGUGCCUUGGCGGCCCGCUUCUCAACGCAUCCCAUGUUGACGGGCAACAACAACGAUCACAAAGACGGCGAGAACGAAGCCUCCAAGCUCCAACCCUCAGAAUACGGCCAGGCGUUUGCGCAAAGAGCAAAGUCCGCAAUUCCAGACGCCUUUCCAUGUCCCAGUGUGGCGGUGGUGCAAGCUGCUCUUCUCCUCGCCUACGACGAAUUCGGCGCAAGCCGCGAUAGUGGCUUGUGGAUGUAUCUUGGAAUAGCUAUCCGCAUGGCUCAAGAUCUGGGAAUGCAGUCUGUAGGAGGCCUCAAGUAUGAGGGGCGCCACGGGCCAACGCCGAGUUCGGUCAAGAGUAACCUAGAAGAGCCGCGGCCAUCGGAGCAGUCUACGUCACAAGACAACUGUGAAAGAAGUACCGAAGAACAAGAGCAGCGGGCAGCCGAGCGUGAGAGGUUGGACACUUUCUGGUCAAUCUUCUUCCUGGAUCGAGUCAUAUCGUCUGGCACCGGGCGUCCAGUCACUCUGCGCGACCGCGACAUUGAGAUUUCUUUCCCUUCUCUGGACGAGGUCGAUUCUUCUGGAUGGCCACUGCCUUAUCCUGCCUUGAUUCGAGUCAUUCAUCUCUAUGGACGUGUAACUGAUUUGCUGAACCGCAUCAGAAGCGCUGCCGAUGUCACACCAGAACUUCACAAGCAAUUAGGAGUUUGGGAGGACCGACUGACAAACAUCUAUCAGAAUCUCUCGCCUAAAUUACACUUCAAUGCUGUAAACUUUCAACAAUACGUCAAACUAAACCAAGGAACAAACUUCUUGUUGCUCCACUGCUGGUUCCACACGCUCAUUGUUCUGCUGCACCAACCGACACUCUUGAGAACUUUCGAGGGUACGCCCCAGCCGCAAUCCAAUCAUAGCCGAGAAUUGUCCAUGUCUUCUGCAAAGACUGUUGCCGAUAUACUAGCUUUUACGGAGCUUAUAGAUGUGAAGACUGGCAUGGGUAAUCCGUUUACUAGUCAGCCCAUAUACAUCGCUGCGUGUGCCUUUCUCAAGGAGACGGCUAUUCACUCUGCAUCGUCUCAACCCCAUUCCCGUCCUACCAGUCCUAAUCGAAAUGAAGACAAUGAUCAGAAAGCACCCAUUGGCAGCUCGCUUGAUCGUCUUGAAACUGCUAGUUCUUCCGUCAACGAUCGGGAACAGAAGCAGACUGCCGCCAAGCAUACACUGCUUGCGUCUGCUGCCAACCAAAACUAUCAACGUUGCUACCGUGCUCUAAAGGCCCUCGAGACCUACUGGGCAGGUGUCAAGUACAUCAUGACUGUGCUCGAUCAAAAGGCGAAGGGGGUUUGCGAUCCCCUGCUUUACACUGCGGAAGAGAUGGAGAGCGCUUUGGAGGCACCCCGACCGGAACCAUCAUUCACUAGCCCGGGCUGGAGGAGGAAGCUUAGUUGGGGCACAUACUUGACGGCUCAAAGCUCGGAUGCCGAUGUUGCCAAGAUGGCGGCUGCAAUCAGGAAAGGAGCGCGAUCUCCAAAGUUGCCUGGCUCACCAAUGGUGCACCCCAGUCAAGCAAUAGGAUGGUCGCUUACCGGAAUCAUGAACUCGCCCUCGACAAAUGUCGCCGUCAUGUACACUUCUGAGAACGGUGAAGGUCGAACCCCGAAGCCACCGCCUCCCCACCAAACACCAGCUACCGCACAACCUUCCAUAGCAUCCUUGAUGUCCGACCCACCGAUCAAAUUCGAGGCACAUCAAUCCUUAACAUCACCACCAAGCAUCUCACGCUUCAGCUCUUCAUCAAUGCCUCCACCCCCAACCAACCAAGCCUACAGCAACAUGCCCAACCCCGACCCCGUCAUGGUCUCAGACGCCGACCUCCUCCUAAACCUACACUCCCCCUUCUCCGGCAAUUCCCCUGCUGCAGUCCGCACCCCAAUCUCCACCCAGCAACCUUUCACCCGUGGUCCUACGCAAAUGCAACCUCCACCCCCACAAAACGAUUUCUCGCCCACUUUCACCACGUUUCACGCCCCGCCAGAUCAUGUUUUUGGGGAUAUGGUUAUUGAUACCCAAGACGUCGAUAUGUCGCUGCUGGGCGCGGAUAUGAUGCCCUGGGAUCUAGAGUAUUUACCACAUGAUAUGUUGUCGUUUGGUGAUGCAUCAUUUGGGGGUGCGGGGUUUGGAGGGGGUGAUGGGACGGGGGGUAAUGCUGCUGAAUGA